UCCUCCCGUCUUCGCCGCCCUUGCCUCCCCUCAAGGCCCAAGCUCUCUCCAUAGUUCCCGCCCCCUCCCUCCUCCUUUGAUCACCUCCUCCCCCAUAUCCCUCCUUCCACCCACUGACCCACCAGGCUACCACACGCAGCAUCAGAAAAAGAAAAAUAGCAGGGAGAGGUCGACAGGCACCGACACGACCCAUGUCGUCAAUGUGGCGCGUUUCCCGCCGCCUCCUCCGCGCCGCCGCCUCGGCCUCUACCUCGGCGAUCGGGCGCGGCGCCGAGCCCCGCCGGUGGGUCCCGCCGCCGUUCGCGCUGCAGCGCUGCGGCCACGCGUCGCUUCCGGACGCGGCGAGGAGGGACGGGGAGGAGGAGGUGACGGCGGCGGAGGCGAGGCGGCUGAUGCGGCUGACCAACGUGGAUGCGCUCAAGCGGCGGCUCGGGGACGGGGAGGUGAUCCCGUACGCGGACCUGCUGCGCGCGUGCCAGGACUCCGGCGCGGCCCGGACGCGCGCCGAGGCCGCGGCGCUCGCGGGCGCGCUCGACGAGGCCGGCGUCGUCCUGCUCUUCCGCGACAGGGUCUACCUCCAGCCCGACAAGAUUGUUGAUCUUGUACGGAAAGCUAUGCCCCUUGCACUGACACCUGAGAAUGAUGUGGGGAAGGAGGAGCUCAAGCAGCUCCAGGUGCAGCUGGAAGACAUCAACAAGCUGGCACACAAGCAGGUCCGGCGCAUCCUCUGGUCUGGUCUGGGUUUCUUGAUCACCCAGGUGGGCCUCUUCUUCAGGCUCACGUUCUGGGAGUUCUCGUGGGACGUGAUGGAGCCCAUCACGUUCUUCACGACCACGACAGGCCUGAUCGUGGGAUACGCAUACUUCCUCAUCACGUCAAGGGACCCAACCUACCGAGACUUCAUGGAAAGGAUGUUCGAAUCUCGGCAGAGGAAGCUGAUCGAGAGGCAGAACUUCAACCUGGACAAGUACCUUGAGCUCCAGAGGCGCUGCAAGGACCCCCUGGAGAAGGCGUGCGGCACGACCAACACUGACAUGGCUCAUCUCCAUGAGCUAUCCAUUCACAAAUGACAAACAAUUUCACCAUUGCUUCGUUACUAAUUUUAUUCUAUGGGGGAAAUGAUCCCUAGUAGAAAAAGUAACCGGUGUUUCUUGCACUUGUGAGAUACCUUUUCCACGGUCUUCUCUGCAAAUGUGUAGGUCAGUAUAAUCCUUUUUUUAGCGAUGUUGUAGCACAAGCACCUGAUAGUUGAAAAGGCAAGCUCAUCUGCAUGGCCGGAAGCUUACUCACUACCCCUUCCCAGAACUGAGUAGUUCUGCUGUCUCUACUAAUAUAGUGUUUCAUUGUGACUUAUUA